GUGUGUGGGUGCUGGACGGGCACACCUGUGCCCCGCCCUGGCACACCUGUGCCCGUACAGGUGUGUGGGUGCUGGAUGGGCACACCUGUGCCCCGCCCUGGCAGGCCGCGCUGUUCCGGGGCCGUCGGUUCAUCUGUGGGGGGACCCUGGUGGCGCCCAGGUGGGUCCUGACGGCGGCGCACUGCCACGCCCCCGGCCCCAUCUCCGUCCGCCUGGGCCGCCCCUCCCACCCCCAGGUGCCCCCAGGUGAGGCCUCGCCCAACCCCCCCCCUGCGGGCGGGGCCUCACCUGUGCCAGGUGCGCCCGGGGCGGGGGCGGGGCCGGGGGCGGGGCCGGGCGGGGCCGCACCUGCGCCAGGUGAGCAGCGGCGCCGCUCCGUGCGCGCCUUCCCCUUCCCCGGCUACAACGAGAGCUCCAAGGACGGCGACCUGAUGCUGCUGCGGCUGCAGGUGCCCGCGCACCUGAGCCGCCAGGUGAGCCCCCUGCCGCUGGCACGCACCUGUGCCCCGCCCGGCACCACCUGCCAGAUCUCGGGCUGGGGCUCCACCACCAGCCCCACAGUGACGUUUCCCCAGGCCCUGCACUGCAGCCAGGUGCGCAUCGUACCUGAGCUCACCUGUCGCUGUGUCCCCAAGCCGCGGAGCCGCGCCGACACCUGCCAGGUGUGUGUCACAGAGCCGCGGAGCCGCGCCGACACCUGCCAGGGCGAUUCCGGGGGGCCCCUGAUGUGCAACGGGCGCCUGCAGGGCAUCACGUCCUGGGGGCCGGGGGUCUGCGGGGACCCCCACAAACCGGGGGUCUACGUCAACCUGUGCCGCUACGGCCGCUGGCUGCACCACACCAUGGCCCACAACUGAGCCA